AUGCUGACAAUGCCUCCUCUCCUUAGCCACAAGCGCAGCAAGACCUCCCUCACCAACCUCUCCCGGCUGCGGCGGAAGGAAGGCAGGGAUGACGAUAAUAAUAGCAAUGAGGAUGGCUCCUUGAGCUCACCACCGACCCGAGCAAUGUCCUCGACCUCCCUUAAGAUGUCCCAGCAGUAUUCACGCGGACACGGGCAGAGGGCAUCGAACACCCCGGGGUUACCAAUGCGCUCGACUUCCAAUUUCAACGGCACGAGACCUGCAACGGCAGUGUCCGUUCAGGAUAAAGGGGCAUCUAUUGAACAGUCUGUGCGGAAGUUCCGCAUAUUCGAGGCGUUGAGAAGCGGGGACACGGCAUCCAUAUCAAAGGCGAUACGGGAAUCGGACAGUAGCGGGAUGGGUACAUCGGGGCUGUUGGAGGACACAAGCAUACUGCAUCUUGCGAUCCAAUGUGCAGAGAUUCCCGUGGUCGAAUACGUGCUCUCUGACGGAGCUGGGACCAUCGAUGUGAACGCACGAGACAAGGACGGGAAUACUCCUCUACACCUUGCAGCUCAACAGGGGCGAGCACCGAUUGUGCAACUGCUCCUGGAGCAACCUGGGAUCAACGACUCUAUACCCAACUUCCAGGGACGGUUACCGCUCGAUCUUGCGCGCACACCGGAUAUCUUCCAGCAACUUCAAUUGUCGCGAUCAAUAUUUGUGGACAAGAAGAUCAAGGAGGUUCAGGACUUGGUGGCACAGGGGGACUACAAGACACUGAGCGAGAUCCUUGAAGAGCCGCGGGUUAAGACUGUUUUGGAUAUCAAUGGGGGGGAAUUUGCAUCAGACAUUACGACCAUACAAUCCGGGGGGACCUUGCUACACGAGGCGGCAAGAACAAGAAACAAAGAGCUUAUCCAGGUCCUACUUCUACAUGGCGCGGACCCAUUUCGUCGCGAUCGUCGGGGAAAACUACCACAGGAUGUCACCAAGGACGAUAGCACACGAGCGAUGCUCAAGAAAUCCCCAGCAGCCGUUGCGGCACAACGAGGAAUUCAGGAGAAGGCCGUUCUCGGAAAUGCCUCCCAACAAGGGGCUCAGAACGCUGCCCCAGGUGACGCUCUUGCUGGAAAGGAUGGCCGCGAGAUGAAGGGCUACUUGAAGAAGUGGACAAACUAUCGAAAAGGAUACCAAUUGCGAUGGUUCGUUUUGGAAGAUGGCGUCAUGAGUUACUACAAGCAUCAGGACGACGCUGGCUCUGCUUGUCGUGGCGCUAUCAAUAUGCGCAUUGCAAAGCUCAAUAUGGAUCCGACUGAGAAGACGAAGUUCGAAAUCAUCGGGAAGUCGUCAGUAAAGUACCACCUGAAGGCGAAUCACGAAGUGGAGGCGAAGAGGUGGUUCUGGGCGCUCAACAACUCGAUUCAGUGGACGAAAGACCAGGCCAAGGAAGAGGAAAAGCAAAGAGAGAGAAGUGCAGAGCUUCUCCAACAGGCAAAAGCAGAACACUCGGGAUCCUACAAAAGGCAGAUGUCGACCGAUGGCCAUAGUGAGACCACAAGCGUUGCAGAUGCUCGAUGGAACGGCUCUCAAUCAGCUCCAUCGGCCCCACAAGCGACACCUGGGAGGAACACAAGCCACAAGGUCGCCUUUGCAAGUAAUGGAAGUGUCGAUGAGGAGGAUGGCACAGCUUAUGGAUCAUACGACCCUAGCUUCAGCGGUGGCGAUGUUGGCAGAAUCCCAAGCCAUAUGACCGCACCUCCCGAUGUCGUGGAUGAGGAUGAGGAGUAUGGAGAGGGCUCCAGUGACCGUGACGCGCCCGCAACCAAGGAUGCAUUUGGCAUUACGGCUCAAUCUGCCAAGUUACAGUUGGAAAUGAUGGCCCAUGUUAAUGCAGCUCUUCAAGCUCAGCAGGCCAGAAACCCCAACCUUCGCAUCUCAGAUCCUGUGGCCGUGCAGGCUGUUCAAACAUACGAUUCUUCUAUCCGCAAUCUAACGGGCCUUGUUUCAGAUCUUCUCAAGAUUUCGAAGGACAGGGAUGCUUAUUGGCAAUACCGGCUCGAUCGAGAAGCUGAUAUGCGCCGCAUGUGGGAAGAGGCCAUGGCACAAGUUGCACGGGAGCAAGAGGUUCUCGAGGCACGUAUCGGUGAAGCAGAGGAGAAGAGGAAAUUGACCAAGCGAGCACUUCGAGAAGUCAUCGAAGGUGGUGUUACUAUAAGCCGGCCAGAAAGCAGAGCCGAGCAAAACGACGAACCAGAGGAAGAGGAACAGGUUUCCCUUCCGACCGAUGAUAAGGCAUCGAGGCGAAGAUCAACAGCUAGGAACUCUAUUCGUCGGAGAUCAGCGCUGAUGGAAGUGACGAACAUGUCUGAUUCGGAAACAGAAGAGGAUGAUGAAGAAUUCUUUGAUGCUGUGGAUGCUGGAGAAGUCGAGAUUGUCCGAAGGAUGCCACCUUCGAGUCCUCCACCUCCCAAGCAGCCAGUGCCCACAAUUUCUGAGGUUGAUGGAGUAUUGGAUCUGAGUUCCUCAUUCAAAGGCUACGAGAAUGGUAUCCGGAAGCGUCUCAAGAUGGAUGCCGAUGACCGGCCAAAGAUCUCUUUAUGGGGUAUCUUGAAAUCUAUGAUUGGCAAAGAUAUGACCAAGAUGACUCUACCAGUAUCCUUUAACGAACCAACGUCACUUCUUCAACGCUGCGCCGAAGAUAUGGAGUACGCGGAUCUCCUUGACAUUGCUGCUGACAGAACGGAAUCAACCGAACGCAUGGUCUACGUUGCCGCAUUCGCAGCUAGUGAGUACGCAUCCACCAUUGGUCGUGUUGCCAAACCUUUCAAUCCGCUUCUUGGCGAGACCUUCGAAUAUGUUCGCCCAGAUAAGAACUACCGCUUCUUCAUCGAGCAAGUGAGCCAUCACCCCCCGAUCGGUGCUGCUUGGGCAGAAUCUCCACGUUGGACAUAUUGGGGUGAAUCAGCCGUCAAGUCUAAAUUCUACGGGAAAUCUUUCGAUAUCAACCCUCUUGGAACCUGGUUCUUAAAACUCCGCCCUGCUAAUGGUGGGAAAGAGGAGCUCUACACUUGGAAGAAAGUCACCUCGUCGGUGAUCGGAAUCAUUACUGGCAAUCCUACAGUAGAUAACUACGGACCCAUGGAGGUUAAAAACUGGACCACCGGCGACGUCUGCUUGAUUGACUUCAAGGCUCGCGGUUGGAAGGCAUCCUCGGCAUAUCAAAUCACAGGUCGUGUCACUGAUGGCAAUGGGCAGACCCGCUUUUCUCUCGGCGGACGGUGGAAUAAUAGGAUCUACGCGCGCUUUACACCUGGAUUUGAGGCUACUAUUGACGAAGCCAAGGCAGGAGCGGAUUCGUUGCAUAACCGUGGCAAUGCAACCGAUCCUAACCAGGCUUUCGUUGUCUGGGAAGCAAAUCCCCGCCCCUCUGGCAUACCAUUCAACCUAACACCUUUCGUCGUAACCUUAAACGACAUCAACGAUCAGCUCGCUCCGUGGUUGCCGCCCACCGACACAAGGUUGAGACCAGACCAGAGAGCCAUGGAAGAUGGGUUAUACGACUUCGCUGCCACCGAGAAACACCGAGUUGAGGAAAAGCAGCGAGCGAGGCGGCGCGAGAGAGAAGCCAACGGUGAAGAGUUCGUCCCCAACUGGUUUGCGAAAGCGAAAUGUCCCGUAACUGGCGAAGAGUACUGGCAGUUCAAUGGCAAGUACUGGCUUGAGAGAGAGAAGGCACCAACGGGUGAGGCCUGGAAGGGCGUUGAGGAAAUUUUCUGA